UGAGGGGCAGUGGGGCUUGUGCCGUGAAUGCUCAUUGCUGCCCAAGGUCAGCCUCAUGUGAGCCUCUAAGGGGUGGGGCAGCCAGGAAGAUGCUCUGCAGGAAGGUCCAGGUAGGCAGGAGCUGCAGCCAGACCCUGCAACCUCAGCCAGACCGGAGGGUCCAUGUGAAUGGGUUCCUGCUGUGUUCAGGGCCCUGUCUGAACCCAUCAGUCACCAGGCAGGAGCAGAUGGAGCAAGGGGGGCAGAGUGGGACAGCAGCUCCUGCCCUGCAGUUGCUUCCACGUCCCCUCCUGGCCUCCUGGUGUCACAGGUGACGCUGAGCCACUCAGCCUGUCUCUGGCCAGCAGCCCAGGCCCCUUUUGGGGCUAGAGGACACCCCCUGGGCAGAGCGGGGGCUGGGAGUGUGCGACCAGAGCACUGUGUGUAAGAGGCCUGUCAUAGGCCAGCCCAUCGAAUGUGAAAGCAAUUAAAGCCACCAGCAGUGUUCGCUCCGGGCGGGCCUCAGGCGGCGGGGCAGCUGCCACAGCACAUCUCACCUCGCGCCCACAGGCCGCCUGGCCCCUCGCGUCUGCGCACCAGGUUGGACCUCUUGUGGGUGGGGGCCAGGCCUGGCUCACCUGUGUAUCUGGCCAAAGCUCCCUUUGUCCACCCCUGAGAUCCCUGGGCAACCUAGGACCCUGGCUCCUUCCAAGGCUCCUUUCAUAUGCCCUACCUGGCACCCACCUUCCUCUGGCCUCUGCAUUCUCCAGCCCCAAGACAGCCCAGGAGGGAGGUCCAAGUUGGGAGACAACUGCCUGGGCUGGGCAGGGUGUCCCCGACAGGCCAGCAGCAGCACACCCUCUCCCUUUGACCCAGCUGAUACCCUCCCCUCCCUUUGGAUCCCAGCAGGCAGGGGAUAUGAACCUAAGGUGUCCAUAAAGGAGGUGGGGGCACUAGCAGGCAAGACCCUUAGGCCAGCAUUGGGCAGGAGGCAGGAAGGGCAUCUUGAUGCAGGUUGAGGGAGAGUCCUGGAGGAGGAGGAGGAGGAGGAGGUUCUAUGUGCAGAGCAGGUGGGGAGUGGCUGGGCCAAUUCAAGGAGUGGGUCUCAAACACUGUCCCAUCAGUGGGCUGGACUGGGCAGUUCGGCCAUCUCUAGAGUGCACCUGGUACUCGAGCCAGCCUGUAAACAGCAGGGUGGACUGGCCCUAGAGGGGUUCACAAAGCUCAAGCAGACGGGACUCGCUGCUAAGGCAGGGAGUGGAUGCCAAGGGUCUUAGGGGCCCUGCCUGGCAGUCUCCACCCCAGGGUCUUCCAGCCCUCUUCCCCUCCACUCUGCCCCUCAUCCCCUCCCCACAUCUCUACCCUUCCCCACCUUGCUCCCCGACUUCCUGACCACUUGGCCCCGUGCCCCAGCCCUCUCCUAGCCCUCACUGUUGGCGCAGCAUGCUGCAGCAGCCUUCCCGGGCAGCGAGUUCUCACUGGUGAGGCCUCCCUGUCAGAAGCAUUUAGUGUACAAAUUAGUCGCAGCCUCCCUGCCUCCCUGCUCUGGGCGCUGGGCUGACAGAGCUGCAGCUUGGGGCCCUCUCCUGCCUGCCCAGGGCAUACACUGCCAGGUGUGGACCCCUGGCCACUGCCCACAUUCAAACAGGAAGGCCCAUCCCCUGGGCAGCCAGGGCUCUCCUUGGGGCCCUUGACUUUGAGCUGGACAGUCAUGCCUUCUGGGAAAGCUAUGGGAAUCCAAGCCUAGGGCCCACCACCUGCAUUGACCCAAGGAGAGCUGAGUCCCGAAGUUGAGGGCAGCACUGCCUAGACCUGGGUCUAGCUCGCAGGCCCCCACUGCCCCACCCGACAGCCGGCCUGCCACUCAGGCGGGGAAAAUCAUCUGUGACAGGCCCAGGAAGGCCGGCCCUGGGGGCCGCAGAGCAACACGCUCAGCCUCUCUUCCCAGCAUAUGGCUGCUGUCGGCCCCGGGCACUGCUCAGCCAGUGCCAGGCUCAGAGACCGGGUGGGGGCAUGGGCACCCCGGGUCUCUCGUUCCACCCGCCUUGCCGGCUGCGCCCUCAUGAACCAAGAGGCCCCUGCCCCAGCGGGAAUGCUCCCCUGUCAGGGAGUUCACUCCCGCAACAGCACACAGCACCUGCUUCUCACCCUCUCAAGGGCUUCCAGGAGUGCCAUUUGUCCAGGAGGGAAGCAGUCGGAUCCCAGGAUGCCCCAACCCCAGGAACCACAUUCUUGCCCAGCCCUCGUGAGCCCAGGCUCUCCCUGCCCACUUAGCUUCCCUGCCCUGUUCCUCCCCUCAUGAACCUCCCUCAGGUCCCCAGUCUCCUCAGGGUCUUCAGCCUCAGUCCUGGGCAGGACCCUCAGAAAAUACGGCCCUCAGCCCAGGCCUGGACCUGCCCCAGCCUGAAGUCCCUAGGACCACAUCAGGGAAGGUGAAGCCCAAGGAUGCCUGUGCCCUCCAGCCAGUGCUCCUCAGUCAGUGAGCAGGCAUGAGCUGAGGCCAAACAUCCUGUGUGGCUCUAACCACCCCAGAAAGACCCAGGGCUCCUGCCACUGCACAGACAGUCCCACUGUGGGCUUCAGGGCUGGCCUGGGGGCUCUAUCUCAUCCUUGUGUCUCUUGGACAGGUGCUGGGUGGCCCAGCCACACACCUGUCCUGGCUAAGGGUGUGACACUGAGGGGAUGGGACAGGUCUUCCCCCAGGCACUGAGUGGUCACAGACCCCAAUUGGCCUGCUAAGCCCAGCACACAAGCCCCCCACACAGUCAGUUCUGGCAGAAAUGAAGGUGACAGGCUGGCAGCUGUGGUAGACUGGGCAGAGAAGGUUAAUGGCCAAGGAGGGGCAGCCUGCACCAGCACCCAGGAACCAGGCCCCUGUCCAGAAUCCCACUGGAGUCUGAGUCUCCACCUCUUCUGCAGAGAAGACUAAGGCCCAGGGAGUGCGGGCAAGGGUCCACUGGCUCUGGGCCACAGGGGAGUCCAGUCCCUGUCUCAGGAGGCAAGGGCCACCUCCCAGAGCCCAAGGUUUUCCCCUGGGGGAAGGGUUGUCUCAGCAGGGAGUCAUGACCUAGAAGGAAAGGGAGGAGCCACCAUGUGGGAUUGGAUGUGCUUCAGAGCCCCUGGGGCAAAGGGCAGGAGACAUCCAUCCAUGCCCAGCCCCAGACUUCUCAAGCAAACCCAGGGCUUGCCCCAGAGUGCAACCAGGGUGUGCCUUUCCCUCUCAGGGUUUGUCCCUCCUCUUCUCUCCCAUCAGGUAGGGGAAGGGGCUCCACUGCUAGGCAGAGUGGGCCCCUCCUGCUACCUCCUGCUUUUCUGACCCUGUCCUGGCCUCCUCGCCCCUCUGGGGCUACCUAGUCACCUGAGCUUCACAUGGCUUUGCUCCUACAUGACAAGACCAAGCUCCCUAUGACCAGACUCCCCAAGACUGACUCCCUAAGAUAGGUUCCCCAAGGCAGGCUCCCCAAGAUGGGCUCCAUAAGACAGGCUCUCCAUGAUGAGGCUCCCCAAAACAGGCUCUCUAGGGCUCUCCAUGACAUAUUCCCUAGACAGACUCCCUAACACCAGGGCUCCCCACAACCAGGCUCUCCAAGACCAGACCCCCUAAGACCACAGAUCCCCAAGACCACAGCUCUCUAAGACCAGGGCUUCCCUGGAUGAUGGCCACAGCCUCCAGCCAGCCCAUCCCCUGUGCUGUCAGAAAUAGCUUCUCCCAGACCCUCAGAAUGGUCAGCCUGAGGCUGGCCAGUGAGGACUAGAGAGAACACAGCUGUCCCUGGGACCUCUCACUCUCACUGUCUCAGAGUGACUUUGGCCUCUCUGGUCAGUGCUCAUAACAAGGGACGGUAUCCUGGCCCCCACUCUCCACAGGGCUGCUGGCAUGAUGGCAGCCCAAGCUGUCUCCCAGCCUGGGGCCACCUGCACGGUCAGCUGGUCAGCUGGGCCAGGCCAGUCAGGGAGAGAAGGAUGGCAUGCUGUUCUGGCCACAGCACCCCUCCCAUCCCCCAGCCCUUCUGGGGUGUCCCUCAGGAGUGGGCUAGUGUCAGAAAGGUGACAUGGGGGGCAGGAGGAAGGUUUUGCCCAUCCCCCAAAACCAUGGGGCCCUGAUCCUUGGUCAGCAGAGGGAUCCCUGCCAUCACCCCACUGCACAAACUGGCUGGUCACGGAACCAGGUGAUGCUAGGCUUCUGGGUCCAGUGCUCCUCUCUGGCAACCCCAUUAAAAAGGCAGGACUUCUUCUUCUUUUCCCCAGGACUUCUGCUCCCCUGACCUAGGCUAGGGAGGCCCCAGGAAUCAGUAGCUGAGCCUGCAGGAAGCCUUGGUGUACAGGGGUCAAGUGGCUCUCUGCCUCCACAGAGCAGGCAGUGACUACUCCUCUGGCUGGAGUCACUAUGCAGAAAAUUGCCACACAACUCUGGGUCAGGAGUCUUCUGAGAAUCACAGGCAGACUCCUGGAAGGAAAUCAUCUGGCUCUGCCCAGCUGCAUCUCUGUCCACUUCUAGGAUGGAGUGGAUGGAUCAGGUGAAUUUCUGCCAGGACCGGCUGAGAAGUGGGACCCUGGAAUGUUCAGUUUUGACAACUGGAGAACAGCUCUGGCAUGAGGACACUGGGGGAGAGUGUUGCCAGGAUUCAUGGUGUGCUGGGCCUUGAGGUCCCCUCACCAUUGCACAGGUUCUCCCAGGAGUGUGGCCAGUGAGAAGAGGUCUUUGAAACAGCUGGCGAAUGCAGCCCUGGGGCACCUCCCAGGGAGGGGGGAAUGAGGACAAAGCACCGGCGCUGCACCCAGAUAGGGUGUCAGCGUGAGGUGACCAGCCUGAGGCAGUGGCGGCUGUGGGCCAGGCGUGGGGAGCACACCCAUUUCAUCUCCGGUUUGGAGUAAAGGAUCCGUAGAGGCCAACGGGCCCAAGGAAAGCUGCAAGGGCGCGCUGGCUCCCCUGCUUCAGCUCUAGGCGCGGUCCCUCCCAGCUGGCUCUGGGGGGCACCCUGUCCUGGGGCGCAGCCCGCAGCCCCAGCCUGGGUGGCCAGGCGGCUGUCAGGGGCCACAGCCUUGACAGAUGAGCGCUGACGCCCCCUCACGCCGCUGCCGAGACCCGGGAGACUUGGCCGCCUCCACGCACCCCCGCGGCAGCCUGCAGGCGACGGGGGCGGGGACGGUGCCAGGCGCCCCUCACUCGCCGCGCACCUGCGCGCCACUCGGGCUCGGCUGCACCUCGGCGUGUCGGGCGCUGUUCCAUUCUGAGCCGAGCCGUCCGGUGAGGCCGGUAGCCAUGGUGCCCCAGUCUGCCCACUAGCCAGCCACCAUGUCCCGUGAGGCUGGCUCGUGCCGCGUGGGAACUGGGGCCAGGGCAAGGUCUCGGAAGCCCAAGAAGCCACACUACAUCCCCCGGCCCUGGGGCAAACCCUACAACUACAAGUGCUUCCAGUGCCCCUUCACGUGCCUGGAGAAGUCCCACCUCUACAACCACAUGAAGUACAGCCUCUGCAAAGACUCCCUCUCACUGCUGCUGGACUCCCCAGACUGGGCGUGCCGCCGUGCCCCCUCCUCUCCCAGGCCCCAUAUGUCUACCCCAGAUGGUUCUGGGGACCCCCCAAGCCGUGGCAGGCAGCCCACCGUGCCAGACGCCAUGGUCACUGACAGCCUUUCCCAGCGCCAUUGCAGUGAGGGCCCUAAGCCUGGGGCCAAGGGGUCUCCAGAGUCACUGCCCACUCUGGCCAGGGCUGCUCAGAAGGGUCCUGGCCCUGGUGGGCUCCUGAUGGAGUCCUGGAAGCCAGAGCUGGGCAGUGGUACAAGGAGCAUGGCUGUAGGGGCUGUAGCCUCAGCAGGCCCUGAGAGAAGUGUCCCCUGCUACCCACCACCCACCCCGGGUGAAUUCCCAGAGGCCCAGAGCAUCCACCUGUCACUGCUGGGUGUCAACUACCCUCUUGGCCCUGGCCUCUUCUCCUACCUGGGUCCAUCACUGGCUGCUGCUGCCCACAUGCCCUUCUUGGCCUCAGCCAGCCCUCUGCUGCCCCCCGCUGCCACCUUCCCCUCCCCACAGUCCCCUGAGCGGGCCGCCCCAGCCCCUCGCCUGUAUUAUCCUCUGCUCCUGGAGCAGAGUCUGGGGCUUCCAGCUGGCAGGGCCGGCCCUGCCAAACCCUCUAUGCCCCCUAAGGGACCCCCUGGGACUCUGACUCCUGGGCUGCUGAAGGUGCCCAUUCCAGGGCUGGGGGGGGCCUGGCCCUAUGGCACCCCCAGGGAUCCAGGGCAGGAGGGAGACCCCCAGAGACAGCUGCCCCUGGGGAGCAGGCUGGAGCUCCAGAAGGCCUCCUCAAGCCUGGCGAAGUUUGGUUCCCAGAGCAGCCUGCCAUCAGGCUCCUCCCUGAUGCUCUGGCCUGAGGACAAGGAGCUGGGUGACCCCAAGGCCUCAGGUCCUGAGGUCCAUGUCGCCCAGCAGUCACAGGCCCAGGUGCUCGGAAGCCCAGAACCUGUGGGUGAGGACCUGACCCAGGCCCUCGGCGACUAUGCCAGGGUGGAACAGUACCUGGGGCAGUUGAUGCCUGUUGGGGGCCUGGCCCCCCAACCUCUGCGGGAGCAGCUAGGAAAGAUCCGUCGAGAGCUGCUCACCAUCCACCAGGCACUGGAGCGGGCAGCACGGCCACUGGACACACCUCUUGACCUCUCUGUGAAACGGGUGCCUGCCAAGGGACCUGAGGCACGAGCAGAGGCCUGGGAACUGCCUGAGCUGGGCCCCACACUGGCAAGGGGGACCCCUGAGACUCCCAGCAUGCUGGGCCACACAGCACCUGAGCCCUUCUCCAGCCAUACCACCAAGUGUGAGGCAGACUCCAGUGUCCCACCCCCCGGCCUUCCCCUCCAGGCGCAUGAGGACCCUGUCAUUCCUGGCCGUGGCUGGGGUACUUGUGUCCGGGCUGGGGGCUCCCAGACCCCUAAGGAUAUCCCUGGCCUGCAGAGCCCCACAGGUGCUGAGGUCUAACCACAGCCACUAAGUGUGAUGGCCCUGCCCCUGCCCUGGG